AUAACCAUUUUGCAAGAAAAGGACAUCCGCAUAGGAACGAGACAGUGCACAGAGUCAGCGGUGCUCGCCGGAAGACCUUCUCUUUCGGGGAACAAUGGACUUCACGCGAGCUCCCGUGUACCAGGUGAUCGACGGUCUGAAGUAUAGCAAAGUGUACAGGCCGGAGCACGUGCGUGCUGUCCGAGCCUACACGCCCCAAGAUGACGACCUAGUCUUGGUGUCCUACCUCAAGUGCGGAAACAACUGGCUGGAGCAGAUCAUUCAGCUUAUUCUGCACGGCGGAGAAAGCGCUGCAAACUAUGCCGAGUUUCACCGGUGGUGUCCUUAUCCGGAGCUGUGUGGCUUGCGCUACCUCGAGGAGAUGGAACCACCGCGUUUCUUCAAAACGCACUUCCGGUACGAACACCAGCUGAAGAACCCCAAGGCGAAAUUUGUAUACUUGGCUCGCAAUCCGUUGGACGUCUGCACUUCGUUUUACUACUACGUGCUCAAAGGUCCGCAGUACGACUUCAAAGACUGCAGCUUCAACGAUUUUGUCGAAGCCUUUGUGAGCGGUGAGGUAGACCGCGGGGACUACUUAGAUCACCUGCUCUCCUGGUACCCACACCGGCACGAACAAAAUGUUCUCUUUAUAACUUUCGAGCAACUGAAACAAGAUUUCAGGGGCACCGUCCUGUCUCUGGCAAGUUUCAUGGGUGAGAAGUACAGGCGGCUGCUAGCUAAUGACCAGGACGUUUACCGGAUGGUUGUCGAAAAAAGCAAUCUCUCUUUCAUGUCGAAGCUCUGUUCUGUCGAUAAGGACGGCAUCGCAAAGCUGACUGAAAAGGAUGAGCCCUUCUUAGAUGCUUGUCGACGCUUCAACGCGAUGAACCGCGAUAGGGUCAAAGGCCCGGUCAUAGCAAGAAAAGGCAUUGUAGGUGAUUGGAAAAAUCACUUCACGAAUCGUCAUCUCGGUCUGGUGCGUCAGUGGAUCGAGAAGAAGGAGGCUGCUCAAGUGAUUCGGGAGAUAUGGGGAGAUUUGGAUCUUGGGGGAAUUGUAUAAGGUAGAACUUUGUGUCCGUCUUUGCAGAUGUUCCAACCUUUCUUGCGUGGUUUGUAACGAGUUAUGCCAACACACAUUUAGUCCCUAGUAGUCAGCCGACAAUUUCCUGUCGACGAAAUAUAAUUUACUGCAUUUUUGCUGGAGAUCGCACGCCAUUUGCGUCAACGUGAUCAAUUUGCCAUUUUAAGAAAUGUAAAAGCAUUAAUAUGCGGCACUUAAGCACCCACAUGGGGCACUGAAGUGCCCUAUGUGAGUUGUAACGCAUGGGUAGAUCAUUUGAGACGAGCCUUGCACUAGUAUUUCUGAAAAUAUUUGAAUUCUCCUUUUGGUUAUACCAACGUGAAUGAUUCCACACUUUGUGGUGACAGUUGUGGUGUGGUUUACAUAGAAAAUCUUCGUCGAUACAUAUUUCUACAAGAUGGAAAUUUUAGUGCGAAAAGUGAAUUGUCUUUUCAAGAGCGGGUAUCGUUAACGAAGCUGUAGGUCGGGAUAAUGUAAGGGCAAUGUUCCUAUUCUCUUCCUUUCGCUCUUCGUCAUUAGUCCGGACGGCUAUCUGGCAGUUGUGGCCGGUAUCGGCCGGUCUUGAGCAGUGUACGAUACAAAGGGAAUAGAAUUGGGCGAAACAAAUCGCCAUUUCAUACGGCCACUAGUUUCGUUCUGAAUGAUCGCAUAACUAUUUGCACUGGCGCAGCUGAUAAACUAUUCCUACGACAACUAACGUGUUUUUACAGCGGAGCUUUUUUACGCUAGGUUAUAGUGGCUUGUGUGCGUAGGCAAAAAAGAUGGUCGCCACCCCAGAGCUAAAGCAGCUAAAGCAUAAAGCAAAAGCGUAUCGCCGGGUAUGCCACAGCGGCGUUUAAUCGGGAGAAAUGUCAAAACGUAUUGUGAUAAAGAAAUAUUGUAAUAAAAAAGUUAAACCGGAAUAGACACUGUUUAGUAGUGAUUGCGGUUUGACGUCGGGUGAUCUAUAGGCAAACUACGCUACCUUAUCUCAGCUCCCUUUAACCCGCGCAAUAAAUAGGCAAUCCGGGUGCGGUGAGGACCACGGAAGAACAGCGCGCCUACGAAGAACACCGUCGUGAACUGGAGCGGGAAUGUGCGCGACGACGGCGCGUGGCACGUAAUACGAGCGAAGAUCGAGCCGAAAACGUCAAGCGUAUGCACCAUGGUUAGGAAUCCAUACCGACUCUACUCCCAUCGUAAUAGUGGGUGAUUGCAACAUAGACAAGUCUCGGGCAGGCGGAAAGUGGUUCGUGGCGUUUCUCUUGGAAAGGUUCGCCAUUCAUUAUCACACAAACAUCAGUGUGCCCACGACGCGUCAUCGGUCGUGUAUAAACUACACAUUGGCCAAGAACCUUUCCAGUAUUGCCACAGAGCCACUGGCCAUAUAUUAUAACGAUCAUAAAGCGAUAGCCACCUUCGUGACCAAAUAUUAAAAUAAAAGAACAAACAAAAGAAGGUCAAAAAUACAAAAAAUGCGUUGAGUAUGCAAUUUAUUUAAACAAGGAAAUCGCGAAAAAACGAAAUUCAUUGUGGUAUGUGUAUUUUCUUUUCACUGAACAUAUUUAUUAUCCACAUAUUUAUCGCCAUAUAUGCCAUGACAAGGUAAGUCUUACCUUGUCAUGGCUCCGAAAUUUCCUGUCUAAUCGUCAGCAGUUUACUAUUGCAAAUAACUACUCUUCCUCCGUAACAGACGUUUCUUCUAGUGUACCACAGGGUAGCGUCCUCGGUCCCUUGCUUUUUUCCUAAUAUUUAUUAACGACUUACCUCAAUAUUUGUCCUCCACCAUCAGAAUAUUCGCCGACGACUGCAUAAUUUAUCGCCCAAUUAAAAACUCAGAUGAUCAUCUCGUUCUUCAGCAAGACCUUCAACAAAUCAAUAACUGGAGCAAUAAAAGGCUAAUGACUUUAAAUACCACAGAAUGCAAAGUAAUGUAUUUUACCCGGAAGUCGGCAACCUCACAGUAUCCCUACCAUAUUAACAAUUACACUGUUACAACAGCUACACAUUAUAAGUAUCUAGGGGUUCUACUCACAUCGAAUCUUUCUUGGUCCGAGCAUAUCACGUCCAUUUCAGCUAAUGCCUCCCAAUCGUUGGGGUACUUGCGACGCAACUUAAUAAAUGUUCCUUCAAAUGUUCGCAAGCUAGCUUACCUAACUGUCGUUCGUCCCAAGCUCGAGUAUGCAGCUCCCAUUUGGUCCCCUCACAAGAAAUACCUCAUUGAAAUGCUAGAACGGAUCCAGAACAGAGCAAGCCGCUUCAUCAUAAACGAUUACAGCUACCACUUUAGUGUAACAAAGAUAAAAGUGAAGCUUUCAUUACAAUCCUUGAGCACUCGCCGAGACAUUGCCCUUUUAUCACUGUUCCACAAAUUCCUUCACUCCACUCGAACACCCGCAUGCUUGAAACGACCCUACUCCACGUCACAUAGGCUUCAUAAUCAUUUCAGCUAUGCCCGCCUUUACGGGUCUACCAAAGCAUUCCAUUACUCUGCUCUUCCUCGUGCUAUCAGAAUAUGGAAUUCGCUCCCGGACAGCAUUGCAAGCCAGUCCAACUACGAUUCAUUCCGUGAUGCCUUGACUGAAUGCAUGACUAAAGAAAAGUGAAGUUUUACGUUUGUCGCACAAUGCUUUCUAUAAUUGCACUAUCUUUUACAGCUUAUUGUCGCAUUAUUAUCGUCAUGUCGCUAUGUUUACCGUUUCGUUGGAAUGUCGCGUGCAUAACUUUUCUGUCAUUGUUUUUCGUUAUUAAUGUUUAACACUCUGAUCUUAUUAAUUGCACAACUUCACUGAAAACAAUCUGUGUGAUUUAUUCCUUGUUAUUAUAUUAUGUUUUUUAUGUUUAUUCUUUUCCCUGGUGAAUCGUGAACUAAAUAAUUCUUUUUUCAUCUCAGUUGUGCUUGCGGUUGUAGGUUGUAAACAGAUACGGUUUAUAGAUGUCUUGUAUUCUAUGUAUUUUCUAUGUACUGCCCCCCUUACUCAAUGCCUCACUGUGAGGCCUGUAGGGUAUUUUUAAAUAAAUAAAUAAAUAUACA